GCCUGGCGGGCCGCGAACGUAGCUAUCGCGCUGGGGCCGCCGAGAUUGAGUGCCCGGGAUGAACCUCACCUGGAAAAAGGGCUUCUACAAGCAGGACGUCAACAAGACCGCCUGGGAGCUGCCCAAGAUCUACGUGUCCCUGACGCACGUAGGCAGCGGGGCCUACGGCGCCGUGUGCUCAGCCAUCGACAAGCGGUCAUGGGAGAAGGUGGCCAUCAAGAAACUGAGCCGGCCCUUCCAGUCUGAGAUCUUUGCCAAGCGGGCCUAUCGCGAGCUGCUGCUGCUGAAACACAUGCAGCAUGAGAACGUCAUUGGACUCCUGGAUGUCUUCACCCCAGCCUCUUCUCUGCGCAACUUUCAUGAUUUCUACCUGGUGAUGCCCUUCAUGCAGACGGACCUGCAGAAGAUCAUGGGGAUGGAGUUUGGUGAGGACAAGAUCCAGUACCUGGUGUAUCAGAUGCUCAAAGGUCUUAAGUACAUCCACUCAGCUGGGGUCAUCCACAGGGACCUGAAGCCAGGCAACCUCGCUGUGAAUGAGGACUGUGAGCUGAAGAUUUUGGAUUUUGGGUUGGCACGGCAUGCAGAUGCAGAGAUGACUGGCUAUGUGGUGACCCGCUGGUACCGGGCCCCUGAGGUGAUCCUCAGCUGGAUGCGCUACAACCAAACUGUGGACAUCUGGUCUGUGGGCUGUAUCAUGGCAGAGAUGCUGACGGGGAAAACUCUGUUCAAGGGGAAAGACUACCUGGACCAGCUGACCCAGAUCCUGAAAGUGACGGGAGUGCCGGACGCUGAGUUUGUGCAGAAGUUGAAUGACAAAGCGGCCAAAUCCUACAUCCAGUCCCUGCCACAAAGCCCCAAGAAGGAUUUCUCUCAGCUCUUCCCGUGUGCCAGCCCCCAGGCUGCAGACCUGCUGGAGAAGAUGCUGGAGCUGGACGUGGACAAGCGCCUGACCCCCUCUCAGGCCCUCACCCACCCCUUCUUUGAAUCCUGCCGGGACCCUGAGGAGGAAACAGAGGCCCAGCAGCCAUUUGAUGAUUUCUUAGAACAUGAGAAACUCACAGUGGAUGAAUGGAAGCAGCACAUUUACAAGGAGAUUGUGAACUUCAGCCCCAUUGCCCGGAAGGACUCUCGGCGCCGGAGUGGCAUGAAGCUGCAGUGACCCGUCUAGCCCAACCCUCGGCUGAGCCCAGGAAUGGCCACAUGGUACCACCUGCCAGGCACUGCCCCUGGGACCAAUAUUUAUUUAUUGAAGUUUUAGCCCGUCUUGGAUUAUAGCCUUCCAAGUAGAGGACAGAGGACCCUUGUCCUUGUGUAGGAAACAGGCCUAGUAGAUGCAGAAUUCAGAGGUGUUGGUUGGGAGAAAAUAGCUAUGAUCAUAACUGGCCAUAUUAAAGCACCAAUCUGGAGAAUCGCCUGUGUGUGAGGUCCUUACCUGCAUGGCUGUAGUGGGGCUGAACUGGGGCAGGAGUCUACGGCAGUGAUGGUGUAUUAGUUUGCUAGGGCUGCGGUAACGAAUUAUCACAAACUGUGUGGCUUAAAAUGAUAGAAAUUUAUUCUCACAGUUCUGGAGGCUGGUAGUCUGAAAUCAAGGUGUUGGCAGGUCCAUGUUCCCUUUUGCAGGUUCUAGGGAAGAAUCCCUCCUGGCCUCUUUUUAGCUUCUGGUAGCUCCUGAAAUCUUUGGUGUUCUUUGGCUUAUAGCUGCAUCACCCCUAUCUCUGCCUCUGUCUUCACAUGGCCUUCUCUGCUCUGUGUAUUUCUGUCUUUGGCUGAUCUUAUAAGAACAUCAGUCACUGAAUUUAGGACCCACCCUAAUCCAGUGUGAUCUCAUCUUAAUCCUUAGUAAUUACAUCUGCAAAUAUCUCAUUUUCAA